UAUAUCGUGCAGCCCGUGGAGCCGGGCUUGUUUUGGACCUGUAGGCGGGCUUUGAGGACUCUUAACUGCAGCAGCUCGGUCGUAGUAAGGCAACCACAAGAAACUAUGGGCGAAGCUGAAGCAGUCCCAGCCGACGAAAAGCAAGGGGAUUCGGGCAGUUGUGCCGCUGAUGAGUCGGUGGUGUGGAGUCAAGAGGUGGAAGUGUGUCUUUUUCACGCCAUGCUGGGUCAUAAACCUGUCGGGGUCAACCGUCACUUCCAUAUGAUUUGCAUUCGUGAUAAAUUUAGUCAAAACAUUGGGAGGCAGGUGUCUUCAAAAGUCAUCUGGGAUCACCUGGGGACAAUGUACGACAUGCAGGCGCUGCAUGAGUCUGAAAUACUGCCCUUUCCCAACUCAGAAAAAACCUUCGUGCUACCUGAGGACAUAAUACAGGAUGUUAAAGAAGGGAAGGUAGGCUCAGAGGACGACUUGAAAGAAGAGUUCAAAGAAGAGAGGGAUCUUUCCGCCACACAUGAAGAAGGUCUGGGUCCCAGUAUGGCUGGCCAGGAGUUUGCAAGGCAGCAAUUCUUCAGUAAAGACGGAGCGCUCGGGCAGCGGGCGAGAGAAAGAGAGAGAGCGCGACCGGGAGAGGGGGCCCUCGGGUGAGUCGGGCGGAGGAUCGAAGGAGGCCAUGGGCGAGAAGAGGAAAAGGAACCGUACCACGGACAAGACGCUCGGCUCUGGCAACCCGUCCAGCCCCGGGGGAGCCAAGCGCCGCAGGACAUAGACGGCCAGCAGCGGGCGACCUACAGACCAGAGGCACAUGGAGAGGCUGGCUGGUUGAGACUGAGAGAAAUGGCAUGCAGUGGCCUAAUGUGCAGCUCAGACGAGGUUAAGGCGCGAAGAUCUGAGAUCAUUAGAUGUUCCAGCAUUUGAGGUUCUUGCAGAAGCUCACAGCGAUGAGAGGAAGCUAUUGUGCUUCAUGCAUACAGAGCAUUUCACAGAAGAAAGGCAGAAAUCUAGAAAAAAAGUAUCAGAAAUCGAAGAGCAGUGGAAACCUGUAGACUUGCUUCCAUGUUAUUGCUCAUUUGGAAGGUUAGAAGCAGAUGAAGUUGUGGUCUUUGUUAAUGUUUUUUUUCCAUCUUAAACUGAAUUUUUAUGUGGCUUAGGUUUUUGUUUUUUUUUUGUUUUUUUUUAUGUUUCCCAGGUAAACUCGUUGUGAAUUUCCACACCUGCAAAUGUGUCUUUUGAUUGAAUUGCUGCAACAGGAAGAUAUGAGCUGCGUUCCAAACCUUAGGCUGCAGUCAGCAUCCUAGUAGGCUGUUCCAAAGUGAAGGACCCUUCGUAUACAGCCUAGAAAUGCAGCCUAUGCUUGGAGUGAGUUCACGGGCGCAUCAGAUGUAUCCUUACAGGCCUUCGGUUACCCACAUUUCUCUGUGCACAAAUAAUGUGAAGGAGAAAAAAAACACCACAAAAACGAAGCUGUUGGAGCAGCUUGUUUUAAAACAAUCCUUGAAUUCAUCUUCGUUUCCUUAUAAAGUGUAAAAUCUCUGAUUAAUUAAAGCGUUCGUCCAUGUCACAUCAUCCAUAUAUGAUUUUAUUUAGAAGUAUUCGUAUGUAUGUAGUUUAUCGUACUACAUAAGAACGUCUCCAUUUCCAUGAAGAACUGAAAAAAGCAAUAAAUUCAAAGCAGAGGAUCCGUUUUCUCUCACCAGUGCCCUCACGAGUCUCGCACCGCCACGUUAGGACUGACCCAGUGUGACCUAUAGGCUACUAAGGAGGAGUCUUCAUAGGACAGUCCUACUGAGGACCCACACUACCUCGGCUGCAGCCUAGGCUCUGGAACACAGCUAUGGAGUAGUGUUGCGUCAUUUGGCAGCUGUUGGAAAUAUGAACAUGGUCUAUGAUGGUCAGUUAGAAUAUAUGGUAUCAUAGUGGUCAGUUAGUGAUGAGAUUCUUAGUACAUAAUGACAUGGACUCCAUUUGGGUUUGAUGUUGUCAUGACGUUCUUGAUGGUAUGAGGAACCCAGCCUUGCUUGUUCUGAUGGUACAUAAUACCACAGUGCUAAUUUACUUCAGUCAUACAUUUAUAGACAAAUUUUUUUUUUUUUUUUUUGUAUGUGGUUGAAAACACUGUUAAAUGUGCCGGACUAUGCAUCACCAUCACUUACACUCUGUUGAGAUGUGAUUUUUUUACAGCGUUGUUUUACUGUAUUUAUUAGUUCUAAAAGCCUUGUUCUAAAAGGUCUAAUCCUUUUAUUAAAUCAAGCUGUAUUUUAA